AUGUUCAACCUGAUUCCUCUUACUCAUCAGGAAACAUUACAAUCUCUGAUCUGCUUAGACUUUUCUGAUCUACUUAGUCGCAUCUCAAAUGGCGCUAUAUCAUAUCGGUUUCGAUUUCCCAUCAAAUCUCAUAUUUCAGGUAUAAUGAUCAGCAAGUCUCUGAUUAUCGUUGUUGUCCUGACUGUGUUGUGCCUACUUGCAUCUGCAGUAUCACCACAGGCAGAAGCAAUGAUGGAGAGUCAUCAAGGCUUUAAACGAUUUCGUGGAGAGCCAAUCCGAUUUGGCAAGCGUGUACCACGCGAACCUAUUCGGUUACCAUAUUUCGACUACUAG